AUGGCUUCUUCCAAUCCAGACCCCGACGGGACCGAGGAUGUCAACGAUUUCCUGCAACGAAUCCGCCAGUUGGGAGAACAACGCGACAAGGAGGACGAGGAGCGCACAAAGAAGUUGGAGGAAGAGAUCCUGCAAGGUCGACGGGAACGACAAGCCCGGAGAGCAGACUCGCCCCUCUUGGAUGCCGCUCGAUUGAGCAUCUCGUCCAUCGGCUCUCGACCAAUCGACCCUCCAGAGCAUUUGGAGCCCACUACACAAACAACAGACCCUGAAUCCUCCAACAAACCCGAUCCGACUAGUACCAAUCUCGAUUCGACGCUGACAGAGGUUCCUGAGGAACCGAAAGCGAAUGAGUACGAAAUGGACACCUCUCCUGCGAGACCUACACCGCCGUCCCCUCUCGCUCGGAGUCGACACGGAACAUUAUCCUGGCAACAGCGACCCUUGUCACGAGAAUUUGGCCGUUCCCUCUUCUCGACAUCUCCUACUCGCGCAAACCGUCUGAGAUCCAAGUCCUCGGUCACCGGCGAUAGUCAGGGUCAGGAGCGGCCUCCAUCUCGGGAUCAAAACACACAUGCUUGGUCGGCCAAUGAUACGACUCCUGCACCCCACCAAACCACGGAUCGAGAAUUUGAGUCUCCAACGCUGCAGAAGAACACCGCAGACGAUGUGGAUUCGAACCGUGACCAAGAGGUGCCAGAAACCGCUCGGGAGAACACGGCGGAGCAAGAAAAACAGACCGGUCAGCAGAAUGUCGACGAACGAUCCCGUUCUCCCUCCAGGGCAAGCUCGACCUUCGGGGACAGCACCGUGAGCAAUCGAUAUUCAAGCAUGUCAUCUGUCUCAACAGCCACAGGACUCGGUUCUCCGCUUCCGUUAUCGAGUGUACAGAGAUUCGAACCUCCAAAGACAGAAUCGAGCACAGAAGAGCAAUUGCCUCCGUCUCCUACCCAGCGACGACUCUCGCCAGAGCGUCCGUCAUCCCCGACAAAAGGACUUGGUGGAUUCGUCCAGAGUGCCAUGAUGAAACGG